AUGAUCGGUCUUUUGCGGCCACUAGACUUGCGGAAAGAGGGUGUGGCUUCACACGACAAUACACCGGCGCCGGUAUCGCCGGUAUCGCCAGUAUCGUCAGUAUCGAGGCCUCCAGCUAGCCCUGCCGCCAAUCUUCACGCCAUUGUGCUCGCUUUUCGAGCCAUUACAGUGCUCAAAACAGCAAGCACCUCAGCGACUACUCGAAUCAGAAAGACAACCUCUAUUGAUGCGGACAAACACCCCGCGUUACCCCUCCCAAAUGUACAUCCAGUGUAUCAAACCGUUCCUCUUCGCCCCAAUGAGUUCCGCAUUCUCCAUGUGGAGCCAUCCGCUUCAUUCUCGUCGCAAGUUGUGGCCAGGCUCUCCGUGGUUGACUACGAUCCCGAAUCCAAGAGAGUCUCGGCCUCUUACGACGCUCUCUCCUACAGAUGGGGCGACCCCAACGACACCGUUACAAUUAUCGUUAACAACGCAGAGUUGAAGGUGACAAGGAAUUUGUCUAUUGCCCUUCAGAAUCUUCGUCACAGGGACCGAGAGCUUGUCAUCUGGACUGACGCUAUCUGCAUCAAUCAGAUGGACAUAGAAGAGCGACAGGUCCAAGUGACUCUAAUGGGGGCCAUCUACUCAAAGGCAGCCUGUGUACAGAUAUGGCUUGGCGAGGCUGGUCACGAUACCGAAGAGGGUAUGAAUCUCGCCAACAGCUGUGGCGGCACACGUGCAGACACCGCAGAAGUUGUGAAAAAGAUAUGCGCCGAUGGUCGUGGGUCGACUGGAUUGGCAGAGCUCCUCGAGCGGCCAUACUGGAGCAGAAUUUGGAUGUUCCAAGAAAUCCUCCUGUCAGGAAAGGCGCAGGUUCAGUGUGGGCAAUUCAGCACAUCCUUCGGUAACCUCAAGUACCUAGACUUGGUAACCUCCAAGUCAUCCCUGUGGAGAGACCGAAAGAACCCUCCACCCUGGACUAUCCGACUUCGCAAAGCGUUCUUCAACACAGCACAAUUUACCAUCAGUCCAAAGGCUCUCAACAACCUAGAGCGUAUUCUUGUUCUCACAAGACCAUUACAAGCGACCGAGGCGCGUGAUAAGCUCUUCGCCCUCAUGGGUACGUGCGAUAUGGCCCCGUAUCUGUCCGUCGACUACAGCAAGUCGCUCCGCGAUAUCUAUGUCGAGUUCGCCAGGCAUUACGCUCAAAAGACAGGAAGUUUAGCCUUGUUUCUCCUAGCCGGAUCUCAAAAUCCAGAGGAUCAAACCGAUAUUGGUCUUCCUUCAUGGACUCCGGACUUUCGCUCUUCGACGGGGGUCGAUAUCUACACUGGCUACGGUAUCGAAAAUGCAGGUACCUUCAAUGCCACCAAAGGGAAACGCUUCAUGGGAGCGUACUCAAAAGAACACUCAACGGGGGAUGCCGACGGGGUCUUCGUAGCCGAAGGAUAUCUUUUCGACACGAUUCGAACCACAGUCCCAGUCUUGAAAGAUGCGCGGACUCCAAAGGAAUUGUUAUCGGUGCUGCGAUUUGGACAGCUUGAAAGUCGGCCCAUGGUUUCAGGCAAGCCUCAGAUCGAAGCACUGUUCGAGGGUCUCAUUUUCGACACCAAUGGGCACACUGAAGAGGACUCUGAAGCUCGCGCCACCACAAAGCAACAUCAUCGAUUGAAUUACAUGCUUGGGUUCAUGCGAGACUUGGAGACAUACAUGGGCAACGAGCUUCCCAGGAAGAAAGACGGCAAUGUUGACUUCAACGCCCUCUUCGGCUCUAAAGGAGGCAGCGAUCUCCCCUACGUCACCUUCUACGAGUCAAUCAAAAGGACUGAUCCCUCCCAGCUCGAUGUUCAUUACAAAGCAUUCAUGAAGGAGUUUUUGUUGAAAGCAGGACGGGCGUCGAGCAUGUUCGUCUCCAACGACAACAAGCUCGGUCGGUGCAGCGUCGUUGCACGAUCUGGUGAUGUCAUUGCCUUACUUUUCGGAUGUCCUUUUCCUGUGAUUUUGAGGCGGAAAGAGUUGGGAUUCGAGCUUGUCGGUGCUUGUUACAUCAGCGGCAUGAUGUACGGGGAGUUAAUGACCAGCGAGAGUCAUGACUUGGCUGUUCAGGAGAUCCCAUUGAUCUAA